AAUUCCGCCCACAGAGCAGAGCCGGAAGAGGGCGUGGCGAGACGGAAGAGGGCGGGACAGCCAGCCGGAAGGAGGCGAAAUGCUUUGGGUAGGCUCUCUAGUGCUGUGAAGAUGGCGGUGGCUGCGUGGCUUCAGGUGUCCCCUGUCGUUUUCCUGCUUUUGGGAGCGCAGCCGUCCCCACUGUCGUUGUUUGGUGCAGGGCCAUCCCCUGUGUCUGCUGCCGACCGGUCCAAGUGGCACAUUCCGAUGCCGUCGGGGAAAAAUUAUUUUAAUUUUGGAAAGAUUCUUUUCAGAAAUACUACUAUCUUACUGAAAUUUGAUGGAGAACCUUGUGAUCUGUCUUUCAAUAUAACCUGGUAUCUGAAAAGUGCCGAUUGCUACAAUGAAAUUUACAACUUCAAGGCAGAUGAAAUAGAGACAUAUUUGGAAAAUCUCAAGGAAAAAAAAGGCUUGUCUGGGAAAUACCAGACAUCAUCAAAAUUGUUUCAGAACUGUAGUGAACUCUAUAAAGCACAGAGCUUUUCUGGAGAGUUUAUGCAUCGACUGCCUCUUUUAGGAGAAAAACAGGAGGCUAAGGAGAAUGGAACAAAUCUCACCUUUACUGGAGAGAAAAUUGCAAUGCACGAACCGUUGCAAACGUGGCAGGAUGCACCAUACAUUUUUAUUGUGCAUGUUGGCAUUUCAUCCUCAAAGGAAUCAUCAAAAGAAAAUGCAUUCGGCAAUCUUUUUACUAUGACUGUUGAAGUGAAGGGCCCCUAUGAAUACCUUACUCUUGAAGACUACCCAUUGAUGAUUUUUUUCAUGGUGAUGUGUAUUGUAUAUGUCCUUUUUGGUGUUCUCUGGCUGGCAUGGUCUGCCUGCUACUGGAGAGAUCUCCUGAGAAUUCAGUUUUGGAUUGGUGCUGUCAUCUUUCUGGGAAUGUUUGAGAAAGCUGUCUUUUAUGCAGAAUUCCAGAAUAUUCGUUAUAAAGGAGAAUCUGUCCAGGAUGCCUUGAUUCUUGCAGAACUGCUUUCAGCAGUGAAACGCUCACUGGCUCGAACCCUGGUCAUCAUAGUGAGUCUGGGAUAUGGCAUAGUCAAGCCUCGCCUUGGAGUCACUCUUCACAAGGUUGUGGUGGCAGGAGCCCUCUAUCUUUUGUUCUCUGGCAUGGAAGGUGUCCUCAGAGUUACAGGGUAUUUUUCUUACUCCUUGGCUCUGAUAGUAAGCCUGGCCCUCUCAGCAAUUGAUGCCUGUAUUAUUUUAUGGAUAUUUAUUAGCUUGACUCAAACAAUGAAGCUAUUAAAACUUCGGAGGAACAUUGUAAAGCUGUCUUUGUACCGGCAUUUCACCAAUACACUUAUCUUGGCAGUGGCAGCAUCUAUUGUGUUCAUCAUCUGGACAACCAUGAAGUUCAGAAUAGUGACUUGCCAGUCGGACUGGCGGGAACUGUGGGUGGAUGAUGCCAUUUGGCGAUUGCUGUUUUCCAUGAUCCUCUUUGUCAUCAUGAUUCUCUGGCGACCAUCAGCAAAUAACCAGAGGUUUGCCUUUUCACCAUUGUCAGAAGAGGAUGAAGAAGAUGAACAGAAGGAACCUAUGUUGAAAGAAAGCUUUGAAGGCAUGAAGAUGAGAAGUACCAAGCAAGAACCAAAUGGGAAUAGUAAAGGAAGCAAAGCACUGGAAGAUGACUUGAAGUGGGUAGAAGAGAAUGUUCCUUCUUCUGUGACAGAUGUAGCACUUCCAGCCCUGUUGGAUUCGGACGAGGAACGAAUGAUCACACACUUUGAAAGAUCCAAAAUGGAGUAAACAAUGGGAAACUUUGCAGUUGAUGGUCAAGGAAGAGAUCAGCUUGCAUGUCAGUCUUCUAUACUGCUCCAUGAGAUUAAAAGAAGCAAUGCCAUCUUGCUCCAUUUGUGAUCUUUAUGCAUGGAAGCUGGAGAGAGGUGUCAGACAAGAACAUCUUUCUCAAAACACAUGCAUAGGAUGAGAAAAUCUACAAACUUCUUACAACAUUGAUACCCUUUCACUCCCAAACCCCACCAUGGAUGUUUAUGCAACCUAUAUGUUGUUCCUGAACUUUCUGUUUCAGUUGUUUAAUCUUUCAAACUAAAAAGUUUUAACAUCUUUAAAAGGACUAUGUGAUCAACAGCAUAAUAUGUCAUCUCUAGGAGCAACUGCCUGUAAUUUUAUUUAUUUAGGAAGUUGCAUUGGUGGUGGGAGAAACUGUCAAUUUCAGUUUCCUGGGAAGUCACUGUUACAUCUUACAGACGUAGUUUUGAGUGAAGUGGGCUCUUCUGCGUUAAGGAGCCAUGUUCUAUGAGUGAUCAAAAGGAAGGAAAAGAAAAUGUUAGAUGUGAUUCAGAUUGUUU